GUGCUUGAUCCGGAACUUGUUGUCCCGGAACCCCGGAAGAGGUAACUCGCGCGGUAGAAGCGAGUUCGCGGCUCCAACGUGAGCAACGCUCCAAGCGCGCGCGAGCCUCCAAGGAGCGGUGGUUUAGAUGCUCUCCAAAUCCUUGGUCAUGGAGUACUUGGCUCAACCAGGUGCACUCAGUCUGGCUGCUGGAGUUGCGUGUGGCAUGUUCCUGGGUUGGGGUCUCCGUGUACGCUUUGGAAUGAUCCCUAAAACUCCUGUGAAUGAGACAGAGAGACAGACUGGAACUGAAGCAAGCGUCUUAGGAGAGGGUGGCGAAUAUAAAAUGAUUCUUGUGGUUCGAAAUGACUUAAAGAUGGGCAAAGGGAAAGUGGCUGCCCAGUGCUCUCAUGCUGCUGUUUCUGCCUACAAGCAAAUUCAAAGGAGAAACCCUGAAUUGCUCAAACAGUGGGAAUACUGCGGCCAACCCAAAGUGGUAGUCAAAGCUCCCGAUGAAGAAACACUGGUAGAGUUGUUGACACAUGCAAAAGUGCUGGGACUGACUGUAAGUUUAAUCCAAGAUGCUGGACGUACUCAAAUUGCACCAGGCUCUCAAACUGUCCUGGGAAUUGGCCCAGGACCAGCAGACCUAAUUGACAAAGUCACUGGCCACCUGAAACUUUACUAGAUGAAAUUUUGUAUGUUGAUGGUUUUACCACCAAAUGCUGUCAAUUUCUAACAAUAAAAGCAGUUUCUUCCA